ACUGUACAGAAACAAGAAAACUUUCCCACAAAGUUUUUUUUUGUCUUCAGUCUUUCAAUGUCGAUUUUCGUAGUCCUCUUUCACUUAAAAUAAAAGUAGGUUAAUCCUUUGUUUUCACUCGAAUUUAAAUUAUUGUGUUCUUUUGGAUAUUUUAUUUUUUGCGUUCGACCCUGUCAGUGGAUAAGAAACGUGUUUUAAAGAAGAGGAAGUGGCAACACACUGAUUUCACUAACUGACUGGUGGGUAAUAUUGUAAAAAAACAUACUGUAUAAUGUGGAAGGAGCAAAGAGGAAUCCGAGUUACUCAGGAGGAGCUGCUCUGCAAGAAUGCCUGUGGGUAUUAUGGAAACCCUGCAUGGCAGGGCUUCUGCUCCAAGUGCUGGAGAGAGACAACUCGUCCGUCUGAAGCUCAAAGGCAAGACUCAAGGCCAAAAAAUGAAGGAACGCCUGUUACCUUUUCCAAAUUUGAGGAGAAGAAGAACAUUGAAAAAGGUCAUCGGAUUAACACAAUGAGGAGACUCUUUUGGGGAAACCCCUCACCUCCAAAACGCCACGGAUCUGAAAACCAAUCAAAAGCCUUGAAAGCAUUUCAGAGCCUUGAGCCUGGAGACUUUUCUGGUUUUCUGAAGGUGCUUCGGAGUCCCCCAUCCCAGCGCAUGCAGUCCCAGUGUACGGCCUUUCUCAACACAGUGCAGGCUUACCAUCAUUUGCCAAUACAGCAGCAGUCUGACCUUGUGCAGCAUUUCUAUCAGUCCUUUGCACAUCACUUUAGUAGUCUUUCUGACAUACAGAUCACUCAGCUCAUGGAGCACGUGGAGAAGUUGACAAUGACACGAUUGCACAAAUGGGUUUUCUGCCACGACAGCUGUGAUGAUGAGCAGAAAGACCUAAAUCUUCAGAGAAGAAUACGCUCAUUAAACUGGGUUACACCACAGAUGUUGAAUGUGCCAUUUCCUGAGAAAAAAACAGCCGUCACAAGUGACCCCUUUCUGCCUGCUAUAACAGCUAUAAUUGAAAUGGAUGCCAAACGAGCCCCUCAGGACAAACUGGGCUGUGUGUCCAAAUGCAGUCAGCAUGUCUUUCAAGGUCUCUCCAGCUCAAACGGUGAACCUGCCAACGCUGACGACUUCCUUUCAGGAAUGAUCUAUGUGGUGCUCAAGGCCAACCCACCACGCUUGCACUCAAACAUGCAGUACGUGAUUCGUUUUGGGCUCCCUCACAGUCUGAUGGCAGGAGAGAGCGGCUACUACUUCACAAAUCUGUCGUGUGCUGUGGCCUUCAUCGAAAAGCUGGAUGGACCUGCACUCAACCUAAGUCCAAAAGACUUUGAACGCUACAUGCUAAAGCAGCGCGCUCCACCUGUGGGAGAACAGAGGCUGAAAGUUGCCAGUGUUACACAACACCUUCUGGAGGAGCUAAAAGACAGGCAGGAGAAACUGGACAAAGGUGUGGAUUUUCUCAACAUGCAGCUACAAAAGUGGGCAGAGACGGUUCAUUCUCAGCUGGAUGACGCAACUGCACAGUUCGCUCUGGUACAAAAAGAGAUUCAAUCACAGUGUUCACAGGUUCCUCUGCCCUCAUCUCAUGGUGCGUCAUCUCAAGAGGACGAAAAAGGCCAGUUUGUCCAGGAUCACCCAGAUCAAUGUGCAGGUCCAGAAGACACAGACUGUUAGCAAUAAUAACAAGUACCUAGCACUAGACUUUGUUUAAUCAUCAGCACUAACUCACACAGUAUAGUAUGUGAGGCAAACAUAUUUAUAAUCAAAUGCCAAUUUGCUCAGGGUUCUGUAAUAGGAAGUUAAUUUGUAAUGUUGUUAACCAUUAUUUAACUAAUGAAGUACAUUCCGGUUUGUGGCAAGUCUUGGGUAAGGCACACAGCUCAUCUGGAAAAGGCCUACCAUUUUAUUAAUAACUAUUUAAUCUUCAUGCGUAUGCAUUGAUUAACACAAUGUUGUGCCUUUAUUUAUGUUACUGUAAAAUUACAAGGCGCUACAAGAGAAAUUACAGACAGACCAGUACAAGCUUGUGUAACAUCUCUUAUAAAUGCUGCUUUUUUAAAUAUUAUAUAUUAUAUAUGAUGCAAAGCAGUAUGUAAAUUUAAUCUACUAAUAACUGCAUCAGUGUACGGCAGUGUUUCCCAAACUUUUUUUCUGGGGACCCAUAUUUUAAAAGUCACAAACCUUUGCGACAUAAGUCAAUAGACAUUCAUAAACUCCUGGGAAACUUGAUGUGAAACAACCCAAAAAAUAAAAUCUCUUGCAACCCACCUGAGGGUCGCGAUCCAGUCUUUGGGAAACAAUGGUGUAAGGUACAAUAUGUGAAGUUUACAACUGUAAAGGUGAAGAAAAUGAAGUAUUGUGUGGCACUUUUGAUUCAUUAUGAUAUCAUUAAACAUUGUAGAAUGUAUAACUGAUGCUUAAGCCAAUGUAAUAUUUUUAAAAACAUUAAAAAAAUGUUUCUUUAUUAUUAU